AUGAGCACAAAAGCCGAAAUCGCUCAAGCGAGCACCAGUCGGCUAGACGAUGCAGGUCCAUCCGCUCCUCGGUCAUGCUGCCCGAUACCCAUUUCCAGCAAUGCCGACCUCGUUCUACCUGACCGGCCCAAUCUAGCAGAGCGCUUGGCUUCGGAUGCGAUGGCCCAAGCUGGAGAGGAGAUGAAAGUUCUCCCUGGACCCUCUAGCGAGGCUCUUGACAGGUUAGAACCUGUAUACCACGUCGAUGGUGACCAAAUUCACAAUCGCUCAAGGCCACCAUCCAUGGCCAAUGGGCCGCCUUUACCGAGCCUAGGCACGGAUUCGGACGGGAGUGGCAGGCAGUCGAAUCCGCAUACACCCAAGGAAGGCGUCGACAAGGCUCUCAUCGAAUUGGUACGUCAGCCACACGCUACUGCAGGGCUCUCUGGACGCCUCCGACACAAGCAAGACUGAUUGAAGAUCUUGUUCUCCUCCAGAUACAAACAGUGCAGCACGAAUUGAGGACUCCACUUCAUGGUGAGCAUCAAUGCGUUCAAGCCAGAAGGCGAUGACUAUGUAGUAGCUCACUCCUCCAAGCGCAUGCUACUCCGCACAGGCAUGGUGAGCAGCAUCUCUCGCCGCUCCUUUGUGUCCAAAUUCCUGGGCUCAUCAUCAAAUCUGCCUCCGUGCUCUCGCGACUUUUGACAGCUUGCGCUGAUCGAAUCCAUACGAGCAGAUGUUGAGGCGUCUGCCACUCCGGUCCCGGAUACAAGCAGCGCAAGCUUGCUAGGCCCAAAAUUCGACUCGGUCACAACCCUGCAUAGACGAGUGGUGGGCAUCCUAGACGACUUUGCAGAUUUCGCUACCGAGACAAUGGCAGCGCGCACGUCCGAGAUUCUUUGCUUAACACAGGCGGACGAGCCGGUAGACCUGGGUCAGCUGUUGGAUGAUGUGGCUACGGAUAUGUGGAAUGCGCAGGUGAAUGAGAUCAGGACAGAGCAAGGUGUGGAUGCUAGGCUGCCUCCUCCACCGGAGCUGAUUCUGCGUAAGUGGAGCAUGUACUUUGACUCCAGCAAUCACGGCUCUGACUGGCACGAAUCUUUGAGGCUGCAGAGAUUGAUACUAAUCUGCGCGGGUGGAAGUCGCUAGUGUCGCCUUCAGCGCUCAAGCGCGUGUGCGCGAAGCUCAUCUCUGUGAGUAUGCAGGCCUUCAAAGCAAUAGGCCCCAAAAAGCCUGAUUUUUUAGAUCGCAUUCACAGAACGGUCUCCGAUUCACUCGACGCGAUGGUUUUGUCGAAGUCAGCCUGUCAUCAUACCAUACGGAAGGACCGGACGGGCAAAAGUUCGUUCAGAUAUCGGUAGAGGAUAAUGGGGAUGGUAUGACAGAAGGUGAGUUGCGUACCCUCAACGCAAGUCGCGGUCUCUUCGUGCUUACAUCUGGUUCGUGCUCAGACUUUAUCUCAGAAUCUCUGUUCCAACCCUUCGCUAAGGCGGAUGUAUUUAAGAGCGGAGCGGGGCUCAGCAUGGCUUUAUGCUCCUCAAUCGUCAGACAUCUGGUACGUGCUAGAUAUCCGCGAGCUGCCACGAGCAUCAGGCUGACCGCCCGAGUGUAAUCCCUGCGACCCAAAGGGUGGCAGUAUGCAGGUGUCUAGUGAUAAGGGCAGAGGCACAGUGAUUGCGGUCAUUAUCCCUGUCGAGGAUCUUCCCUUGCCAAUGGCCAAUCGAGGGCUUUCCUCGAGUCCUUCACAGCUCGUCUACCUCCAUGGCUUCGAAGGAGUGGGGUUGACGAGGCUUGCGGGUGCGAUAUCGGGUCAACUUGCAAGUGAGUGCACGAGCCGCGUCGGUAGCUUCAUCGAAUCGACUAGCUGAUACACGACUCUGCCACCUCUCUCAAAGCAUUUGGCAACUUGUACACUUCGACGCAGCUGGAAGAGUGCGACUAUUUGCUGUUGCCCGAGGGUGAGUGCUGCGAGACAAGUGUAGACUUGGGACCUGAGCUGACUGAUGGAACUUCGAUCUGAAGAGGUCUGCUACGACACGGAAGGAGGCAUCGACGCGAUUCUUUCCCACGCAAAGCCCGGAAUCAGAGUCGGAGUGCUGCAAGCGCACGAAUCGGCGGGAAUCGAGUUUGCAUGUCUCAAAAAGUCGGGCAUCCUGCCCACAUUUGUGACCCGAAAACCUUUCGGACCUUCCAGCUUUUCAAGACUGCUUGACCUUGUGGAAAGCAAGCCGAAUUUGGAACUAGCCAAAGCGGUGAGAUCAAUCUCGGAGGAUCAUAUAGGAGCCCACGGCGAAGGUCGGUUGUCCAAUGAGGAUUUGGGCCGAAAAGACGCUGCCCUCGAACGCAGCAUCUGCGAGAUAGCGGCUCCUACUGCCAUGACGGCGGUGUCAAGCCAAGGCCAAUCGAGCAGGCCUGCGAUCAAUACAAGCCCAUCAUCGUCCCGCACCAAGGAUCUGGUUUUUUCGCCUGAGACGGUGGACGAAGUGCUCAGGGCGCCGGUGCCUGUUCCCGCGAUGCUUGCGCCUCGAGCAGCGGCGGGUGACAGCAAGUCGACCGCAUCCACCUCACCCAACGACACGGGCGUAGCCAGGUCAGAAAGGGGAUCCAUUCUUUCAACAUCCACCACGCAGCCUUUUAUGUGUCUGGUUGCGGAAGACAAUCCGCUCAAUCUGCGCAUCUUGACACAGAUGCUCCGCCAGGCCCAUAUUCGAUUCUGCACCGCUGCGGAUGGGAUGGAAGCUGUGGAGCAAUUUCGAGAGCAUGCGCCCGCGGUCACUUUGCUGGAUAUCAACAUGCCCCGCAUGGACGGUUGGGAAGCGGCAAAGAAAAUGAGGGAUGUGGAAGCGAAUGAUCCAGACCUCAGGCUGCACAAGAGGAGAAUAGUGGCAGUGACUGCGCUCGGCGACGAGUACUCGAAGCAGCGCGGAUUGGAGGAAUGCGGCAUGGACGCCUGUGAGUGGACGUAAGAGGCGCCAGGAGAAAGUCAUGACCGAUCGACUAAUGCAUCCUUUUGGAUGCUGAAUUCUGCAUCAAACUCAGGGUACACGAAGCCCCUCAAGAUGAAAGAGCUGAAAGCGGAUCUGCAAUUGUGGAUGCAACAAUGGAAAGCCGGAAGUCCUGGAGAGAUCGUGUCCGCGCCUUCCUACGCCGAGAAUGUGGAAUUUGCGACGGAGUGA